AAACAGCGAUAAAGAAAUACUUUACAAAAGCAAACCUCCGAGCAAAAACAAGACAUCUUCUGAGGUAUCUAGGUAGGUAGUUAAAGUCUGUGGGAAGAAAACAACGUCAUAAAUUGUUUUACCAUUUCUCCGCCAGCCUAGCAUCUAUCCCAAACAUCUAUUGUUCCCGGGUAACACAUGACUCCACAGAAAACUUUGCAUAUCCCCAGAUAGCAUCGUCAUAAAAGUUUCGGAUAGAUAGUUUUUGUGAGGGGAGGACCUUCUGAUUAUUAUGUAUGCAUGAAUAUGCGUGUAUGGAUAUCGAAUGGGAAGACGCGAGAUAUGGAUCGAGAAAGUGUAAAAAUUGAGAGCUAUGGGCUCGUUGCCAAUUAUGUGGAUUUGGGAACCGAUAAAGAAGCUUCCAAGCAUUGUUGAAGUGGACAAUGCCUGUGUUGAAGAGUGAGGUGGAUGGAGACAAGUCACAAGUAACAUGUACUCAUAGACCAUCAUCAAUUCCAGAACCAUAUAUUGGAUUAUAAUCUCCCAUUUCAAAUAAUGUUUUCUGGUAGAUCAUAAUAACAAUAUAUCAACAUGAACAAAAUGGCCAUGAGAAAUCCUACAAUAACACAUCAUCCCCAACCAUUGAGGGCAAGUCCCGUAUCAAAUGAGGAUGACGAAGUUCAAAUCCGUUUGGACGAUAGUCGAUACCGUAGUUUUCCACCACCAAGACGAGUUGUGCAACGAAGCAAUAUGCCCAUACCAAUGCAAGAGUUUGAAUUUCCCAAAAGGUCAAACGAAGCCAUAACAAAUUUCCCGCCUAUCGGUGAAACUCGGUAUAUAGAAGUACAACCAUACAGAACAAGUGAGGAUGGCUUCGUCAGUCUAAAAAGUGGGGAUACUAUCAUACAAAAUAAGAGGGCGAGUAGAAGUCGACCAUGGAUGCAAACACUACAGACACAGGAUAGAAUACGAAGAUAUAGGAAAAAGCGACCAGUGACUACGUGGAUGAAAUGGAUGAAUAGUGACUGGAAGAAUCGUGAGUGAUCAUAUGUCUUUAUGUGGGAGUUUUACUAACUGUAGCAGAUAUUGUUGCUGUUAUUGGAGAAUUGAUCGGGACGACACUUUUUCUUUUCUUUGGCUAUGCAGGUAUUGAGGUUGCUAGACUUCAAGGUCGUGAGCCACCAGAUCUCGAGGUCUUGUUCUAUAUAUCAGCAACUUUCGGAGCCAGUCUUAUGGUUAAUGCUUGGAUAUUUUUUCGCAUUAGUGGAGGAUUGUUUAAUCCAGCGGUAAGUGUAAGAUUCUUGUCGAGGAAGCUUUAAGCUAACAUUAGCAGGUAACAUUGGCACUUGCCUUACUAAAAGCAGUGUCACCAGUCCGUGCUGUUCUUCUAGUAAUCACACAACUUGGCGCUUCAGGUUUAGCAGCUAUUCUCGUAAAAGAGAUUUUCCCGAAUCAACUUGACGUCGCCACCUCACUUGGAAGCGGUACUUCUAUGGCCCAAGGGUUUGUUAUCGAGGCUAUUACUACAGCAGCUUUGAUCUUCACUAUCAUAAUGUUAGCAGUGGAGAAACAUAAAGCUACAUUUGUAGCACCCAUCGGUAUCGGAUUGGCUCUAUUUGUUGCUCAUAUGGUGGCUGUUCCCUUUACUGGAGCAUCCUUGAAUCCAGCUCGUAGUUUUGGUCCAUCAGCGAUUGUUUGGAGCUUUCCACGAGAACAUUGGAUAUAUUGGGUCGGUCCACUUCUGGGAGCCGGGUUGGCAGUUCUCUUCUUCAGAUUAAUUAAGUUGCUGGAAUAUGAAAUGGCCAAUCCGGGACAGGAUGGAGAUCCUGAAAACGAUCCAACACAGAAUCCUAAACAUGAUGUUGCACAGCAUGCCAAUGAAAGAGAGGAAGAAGUGCUUGGAUUAAGUAAUGGAAAGUCGUGGUAUAGGGAUGAGUCUAGUAGUGAAUCGAUGAGAAGGAAAGAUUCCGUCAACAGUUUUAUAGGAAAUAGGAGAUCGAUGGAUCGAAGGGGUGAAAUGUGGGGGAGAUUAGAUGAUGUGGAAGCUCAAUGGCGAAGACAACAACAUGGAAAUUUCAUAUAAAGGACACUCGACAGGCUCAAGGAGAUGCUUAAUAAAGAUACAAUGAAUAGACUGUAAAAGAUUCAGAACCAAUCUUGCUGCUCCAGGCGUCUCCUCAAAUCAACAAUGUUGGCCAUUGUAGAUCCUUCGAAUGACCGAGUUAUCUUGAGGCGAUGAUCAUGACUGCUAGUUCACCAGUGGCUCAAUGCAUUACCACUCAACAAUCAUCAAUCUCACUUCA